CCGAAUGUCAGUCGAGCGGGGCGCGGUCGCGGUCACGGAGCGGAGCUAGCUUGUCAUCCGGCCGCCAUUAUCUUGUAUUUGAACGUAUUUUACAAAAUCAAUUAUAGUUCGCUCCGCCGUUACGCGGAUUCAGUUAUAAUUGUCGACUAAGCUCAAUAAGUUCGAAGUGUGUGAUCGAUUUCAGUUGAUAGUGUGUUUUAGAAACGGUUGAAAACAGUGGUUCGGUGGUGCUGUUAGGUUACUGUGUUGGUUGGUCGGUGGCUCCGGGCGGCGGGGCAGCAGCGCGCGUGCGGGGCGCAUGCAGAGGGAGCGGUGAGAGCGCGCCCGGCUCGGGGCGUCGCCGGCUCGGCCAGGACACAGCUGCCGCCAUGGGGUGCGCCCAGUCGGCGGAGGAGCGCGCGGCGGUCGCUCGCAGCAAGCUCAUCGAGAGAAACCUCAAGGAGGAUGGCAUCCAGGCCUCCAAGGAUAUCAAGCUACUACUGUUAGGUGCCGGCGAGUCGGGCAAGAGCACGAUAGUCAAACAAAUGAAAAUCAUCCACGAGAGCGGGUUCACGAACGAGGACUUCAAGCAGUACCGGCCGGUGGUGUACAGCAACACGAUCCAGUCGCUGGUGGCCAUCCUGCGCGCCAUGCCCAACCUCGGCAUCACGUACGGCAACAAGGACCGCGAGCUUGCAUUGCAGAGCGACGGCAAGAUGGUAUUCGAUGUGAUACAACGCAUGGAGGAUACCGAGCCGUUCAGCGAGGAGCUGCUGGCGGCCAUGAAGCGGCUGUGGGCCGACCCCGGCGUGCAGGAGUGCUUCGGCCGCUCCAACGAGUACCAGCUCAAUGACUCCGCCAAAUAUUUCCUGGAUGAUCUGGACCGGUUAGGGGCGAAGGACUACCAGCCCACGGAGCAGGACAUCCUGCGCACCCGAGUCAAGACCACCGGCAUCGUCGAAGUGCACUUCUCCUUCAAAAACCUUAAUUUUAAAUUGUUCGACGUGGGCGGGCAGCGGUCGGAGCGGAAGAAGUGGAUCCACUGCUUCGAGGACGUGACCGCGAUCAUCUUCUGCGUGGCCAUGUCCGAGUACGACCAGGUGCUGCACGAGGAUGAGACCACGAACCGCAUGCAGGAGAGUCUGAAGCUGUUCGACUCGAUCUGCAACAACAAGUGGUUCACGGACACCAGCAUCAUCCUGUUCCUCAACAAGAAGGACCUGUUCGAGGAGAAGAUCCGCAAGUCGCCGCUCACCAUCUGCUUCCCGGAGUACACCGGCGCGCAGGAGUACGGCGAGGCGGCCGCGUACAUCCAGGCGCAAUUCGAGGCGAAGAACAAGUCGACCACCAAGGAGAUCUACUGCCACAUGACGUGCGCCACCGACACCAACAACAUCCAGUUCGUGUUCGACGCCGUCACCGACGUCAUCAUCGCCAACAACCUGCGCGGCUGCGGACUGUACUAGACCGGUCCGAGCGACCGGCUGCUGACUGUACUAGGCCGCCGGUCCACCGUCAGACGCCCCGUAAGGCGGCGCCGCUCAAUCCGGCUGCCUAAGGCCGUGUGCAGAAAGAAAACUGUGUUCAUACUUUGCCGCAACCAGCGCGGGAAAUAUCUAAAGUAAAGUAAGCGCUUGUAAAUUUCCAGUGUUCUUUCUGUGUGUGGCCUGACCGACCGCUUUCACAGGUACACCGUUACGCGUAUUAUAUAUAUUUUUAUGGGAAAUGUUAGCUUACUAGCGACGCGACGCCUCGCGACCUCCCGUCACCAGCACCAACUGUCACUUGUAGCCGUUUUAACCCUGUAUUUAACUGUUUCUUAGUGCUCAUUUAGUUUGAGUUGACAGUACAGUAGCUAAGUUAGGAAAAUGUUGUGACAACGGAUCAAUCAGCUCGGUCGAGUCAGUUCAAUUCUAAAGUUUGGUGCUACAUUUGAAUAAUACUGUUUGGUUUCUGUUAGUCAAUGGUUGGUGUUGUCGUGACUGGGACGGGUGUAGUCGUGUGUGGGAAGUGUUGUUUCCAAUAGGAGCGUCGUAUCAGUGUUUGUGUAAAGAUUCCCCCACACGCGGCGAGCGGGAGCGAGAGGCCAUCUGCUUAUAUACUCACACUCUUACGGACCAAUCAGAAGGAACCAAUAGUGUACAGAGAACAGUGGGAUGUCUCAACAGUCUCGGGCCUACUUUGAUACAAACAUCAUUCCAUUAUUAAGUAUUAUCAAUCGCUGAGAAAUUAUUUUUUUAUAAACUUUUCAAUGAACAAAUCAAACUACUUUUUUAAUUAUGUUUUCAGUUGUUUUGAGUAGAGUGUGACGGUAGAGCUCCUGUAGUAACGUUUGUAUUCUUUAAUUAAGUGUCAUAUUAUGCACAAGUUAUUUAUUCCUAUGUAAGGUCAUUAUUACGCCAUAUUCAAUCUAUUUUGUGUUCAUAUCUUUUGCUAUAUCGAUUUACAGUUAACCAUAAGAUGUAGCUAUGUGUAGACCUACUCUUGUAUUGGAUAUAAAUCAUAGCAUUUAUUUUAUCUAACCUAUUUGUACUAAACGAUGUGUAAGUAAUUUUUUACAUGUUUAAUUUUUUGUUUAAAUCUAUUUUAGAGUUAAUCAAAGUUCCAUCUAUGUACCUUCGUGAUCGGUUCAUGAAGCUGUGUGUACGAUAAGAGUUUGAUUGUAAGAGAAUCACAACCUACCUAUUCUAUUAUACCUACUAAACAUUUUCUAUACAAGACUAGUUUUAUUUUGUGGUAGCACUCGCAGCGACGCGGCUGUCAUGUAUCCGGGACGAGGAACGGAUCGUCACAAAUUGUAAGAUAUGUGAGUAUAUAAACUUAUACACUCGCGAAUUGGCAUUAAUCAAACACUAUAUAUACUAUAUAUAACAUAAUUUAUUAUUAAUAAUAAAAUAAAAAUCUUACUUUUAAGCAUUAGGACAGUAAUUGUAUCAAUAAACAUUAAUUAAUAAUGCAAUUAGACAGUAACCUUUACUAUUGUCAUAGUUAGGUGAUUUAUUUUUCAGUUUAUGUUUAUGAGUAUGUAAAAAGUGAAUAAAUGAAAAAUGUAACGCCUACACUGUGACUGCGCGGGCCUGCCGCGGGGGUGAGGGCGGGGCGCGGGCGGAGGCCCCGGCGACAAGCUCGCAUGUUGCUAGGUAGGUUUUUUACUGUUAUGUAACAAUAUGUGUACGUAAAACUAAUAAAGAUAAUAUUAGCGCAGUUCUACAUUCAAACCCGAACCUACAUUUAAGUAAGCUUUCACAUUGAAUUUUUUAAAGAGUGAAUGGAGGAGUUACGUGAGUUUCUUGAUUCAGAUAAUGUCUUCAGGGUUAAGGCGCAUCCCUAUGAUGUGCGUGUGAUGUUCAGUGGCCGCGGGCCGGGCGCGGCGCGGCGCCACCUAGCGGCCAGUAGCGGACUCGCUCCACGCACAGACACCGCCCCGCCCGGCAGACCCGCACUGUCACCAGCGCCAUCUAGUGAGCGCGACGUGCAGGCGACAGCAAGCAUUGUAUCUGUCGGCCGCCGCCACUGAACAUUGAAACUACGCUUCGUUAUUCCGAGUGAAUGUGAUGUAAAUUUUGUACACUGCCGCCGCAUUGUUUGUUCGCUCGAAUCACAUUUAGUUUAUAAGAUUUGGUACAGUAACUAAGACGCACACGCGCCACGGCAUGUCCUGGCUCCAUUCCACUGCGCCUAUGGGCGAGCGCCCGCAGCGCCGCUUCUGUGCGAUGUCUCGCGCAGACUCCGCUCAAACUGUAGUCUCACUCUAUACCCUGUCGAGGGAGCUACACAUUCGAGGAAACCCAAUUAGCGUCUGUAAUCAGCGCAAACAUGACGAGCGACAUUCAGUUGUAACAUUAAUAUUAAAAAGCUGAAUAAUUGUCACAAUGUUAUUAUCGAUUUAAAAACCAAUAUCACCAUGCUUCAUUCAUAUUUGCCAAAGUUAAUACUAACCUCACUAUUUAUACCUGUAUGUUCUUUGAUGACUAAAUUAAGAUCCGCUAAUCGCGGUUCGCUAAGUGGUACUGAUGAGAGUACAAUGUUGAGAGUAUCUAAUUUAGAGUUGAUGACAUGUAAACAAUUAUUUGUAGCGUGUGAGGGUGACCGGCCAGAGGGCACUAGGUACUCCUGGCCCCAGAGAUCGCACAAACGCCAGCAAUGUCGGUACCUAUAAAUUCGAACAAUCUCUAAAACAUAGACCAUAGGCCGGUCCCAUCAACAGAACAAACAUUUAAGAAAGUAAAAUUUUUAGUCACUAGUGGGUAAUUUUUGAAUGUGAUUCAAUCUUAUCUUUAUUUUUCUAUAUCGAGUGACAUCUUUUGUAUCCUUAAUUUUUUCGUUCCGAUUUAUAUUUUGAAAUGCAUUUACUGAACGCGAUGUAUUUAACCAACGAUGUAUAAUUAAAAACAAUAUUUUCUCUUUUUUGUAUCUCGUCUGCACUGGUAUUUUUUAUUGAAUUUACUAUAAAUGUACUUUAAGUGUAUAAUUUAAAAUAAUUACUGAAAAUGAUUAUAUUCUAAUUUUUAUGUUCAAAUAAAAA